AUGGUUGAACCUAUGGAUAUUGGAGAGGCUCUUCAGCAUUUAGAGAACAGUAACUGGGUACUAGUUGAUGCUGUUAAUGUGGCAAUUCCUGUUCAAGCUGCUCAGCAGGGUGUGGACCCCCUAGCUCCUGUCCUACCUAUGAAUGCAGAGGAACCUGAACCUAUAUUUAUCCCUGAUGACCCUCCGUCCUUCCCUCCGAUGAUGUCCUCCUCCUCCUUCCCACAAAUGAUGCCUCCGCUUCAGGACACGUUUGCUAGUUAUCUUAAUCCAGAUGUUGCAGGAAGUAGUAGGAGUGCUGGAGUGUCUCUGGCCAGUGACUAUCUGCCUCUGGGAGCAUCUCAAAGGAGUCGGAUGCUGGAACUGAAUAUAGAGUAUAGAGACAGAAUGAUUCAUCUCAAGGUUCCAGACAAUCAAUCCAUCCAGGUUGUAAAAGAUCUGCUGUUAGCAGAGACUGGAGUUUCACCGUGUCAACAAGAAAUCAGGGGUUGGUCGGCGAACUCGAUGUUUCCCCCCUCAGAUAGAAGAUUAUUAUCAGAGCUAAAUCUACCCAAGGAAAAUUUCCUUUAUCUCCUGACCCCAGAGAUACCUGCAGUUGUAGCUGAACCAGAACCAGAAGAGAUCAUAGUCUUACCCUCAUAUACACUUACUAUUAUAGAUUUACUUCAUGAUAAGACGUAUACGCUCCCGUUUACUGGAAACCAAUUAGUGAAUCAUGUGAAGAGAGAUACAUCAACUGUUACAGGGAUUCCAGUAUUUAGACAGGUUUGGACAGGGUGGCCACCAACUACUCAAGGAGAAAAUACUUUAGGAACAUAAACCUUUAAAUC